AUGACUUCUGAACAAUCUUACCCACGCAGUUAUCUUAAGGAACCAUUUGUCGAUCCCGUACAGAUUCCCAACGAGGGUAAGGUCAAGCUAGCGUUGACCAUUCACGGGGGCCAACAGCUGCAGUUCUUCUACGCCCUCGAGGGACAAGAUCUGGUCAAGGUUGGUCCUAUAUUUGACGCUUCCAUCAUGUCAGAUGAGUGUGGUGGACAGCAUUCUUUCACGGGAGCAUUUGCGGGAGUAGCUUGCUCUGAUGUGAAUGGGUUGGGGAAGGAAGCCAUAUUUGACUACUUUAUAUACCGACCUAUUGAGCAUAAGUAUGAUCGCUAUGAGAUCAAGUCAUGA